CCCGCCUCCGGGGCAAGUCCCCAGACCACUCCACGGGCGGCAGAGCGAGAACCCCUGCCCAGUUCGUAAGGAAACUGCCUUCUGAGGCGGGGAGCCAAAAAGGAUAGCUUUCAUUCAUUUCCUCUGAUGUCAUAUUGGAAAAGAUUAGGAUGCCCAAAGAUAUUUGACCUUCCAUAGGAAGAAGAUGUUAAAGAUUUUAAGCAACCAUCACAGUAAUGGAUCUUAGUCUGAAAAACAAGACUGAAUUAGAAAAUAGUGAAAAUAAAGAAAUUCAAAGCACAGACGAAACUGAAUUAAUCUGUACUUGUCCAGAUGAAAGAAGUGAAAAGAAUCAUGUUUGUUGUCUUCUCAAUAUCAGUGACAUUACACUUGAACAAGAUGAAGAAGCCAAAGAGUUUGUCAUUGGAACUGGAUGGGAAGAAGCAGUCCGAGGCUGGGGAAGGAUUUCUCCAACUGCUUGCAUCUGGCCCAGGAAGAAGCUUAAAAAGGCGAAGAUGGGAGAAAGUGCCAGCAGCUGCUUACUCUGUGUCAGCCUCUCCCGAGGGAGCCUGGAGGCCAGGCUUCAGUCGGAGGCGGGGAAGUUGGAGUCCGGGGCUUCAGCUCCGGCUGAGGCAGGGCCGGAGAAGGAUGGAGGCAGCCUCUCCCAGACUCUGGGGCCCCCGCCAGGCCCCGCCACUGCCUACCGGGAAGUUAACAGGAUCUGCUUUCCCACCUACAGUCAGGGAGAGAAAAAAAGUCUGCAAAUAAAAGAGUUUAUUUGGUGCCUGGAAGACAGGGCCACUCCCGGGGCCGUGAGGGGCAGCGACCCUGGAAGCCCCAGCGGAGGCGCUGACGGACGUGCCUCCGUAGCAGACUCCUUGACUUCCAAGGCCCUUUUAGUUCUACCUGCCCUGAAGGCUUCACCCCCAAAUGGCUUGGGUGUGCCAGGUAAGAAGAGUCAGAACUUUUUCUUGCAGCUGGAAGAGAAGGGGCCGAGCGGGGCGAAGGAUGAGCGAGUGGCUUGUGCAUAUGGCAUGAAAACAGUUGACGGGACAGGUGAAAAGAGGCCCAUCGAGCUGGCCAAGCCCCACAAGGUGAAGGAAACGCAGCCUUUCCCCACGCCGGUGGCCCGGACAUCCCUGCUGGGCGGCCCCGAGCCCUGCUGCCUGCCCUGGUCCCUCCUGCCUGAAAAACACCUGGUGUGCCCUCCCCACCACAACAGUGUUGGCUAUCUCGCCACCCUGCAGCUUGCGCAGAAACAAGGAGCGCAGACCUACAAAGCCAACUUCAAAGCCAGGGAGCCGAGACCGCCCGUGAAAACCCCACGGCGCAUUCUCACAGCGGCCAAGCCGGCAAACAGGCCCCAAACGCUGGAGACCAAGGUGUUCUCACGACCUCUCUUGCCAUCCCUCACGGUGAGCAGAGUUGUUGCGGCUGUUCCCACUCACAGCCUCCUCUGAGUUGCCGCGAUAGAAUUCCCUGGGAAUAAGCACCGUCUGAAAGCUGUCCAUCUUCUCUUCCCUCUCUCCCUCCUGCCGCCACCCCAAUCUCUUCCUCCUCCUCCUCCUCCUCCUCGGUCCCAGAUUUCAUAUAUUAUAGCCUCAUGCUAGUCUCUGGGAAGUUGUUCUUACCAUUCUUCAAAAUUCGUCUUGGGAGGCAGCUUCAGAAUAAUUAUUAUUUUUUUAAAUGUCACUGUGUUUAUUGUCAGAACACAUGCUUCCUCCAGUCUUACCUUAUAACUACUAUUUGGGAACAACUCGACAACCCCAAACAGACAAGUAUGGAAUGGGGCUGUGACUUUCUUCCUUCUUCCACUUCUCUCUCCCCUCAUUUUACCCGAGUGCGUAUUUCCAGAAGUUGUACAUAAAUUCAACUUUUGUAAAUGAGUUAUAUUUUAAAUGUGAAGUGCAAUGCUAUGUAGAGAAAUGCUCUGAAAACCAUUUUGUAAUAUGCACAACCAUUUAGCUGCUCUGUAAUUACACAGUUGGCAUGUGCUUAAGGUAGGUUGUACUUGAACUCUAGGCUUUCCAUCUCCUAAAUGAUGGGCAGACAGAAUAUAUGACUGUAUUUGUAAACAUCUGCUUUCCACAACUGGCCUUUAUGAUGUCUUGUCUAAGUUUAUGUUUUUUGGUUUUGUUUUGUUGGUUUAUCUUUACAAAACACCAGAAAUGCAGGAGUGACUAUAGUACAACCGUCAUUGAAAGGCGUAUUUUGCCUUUUGAGGUCAUACACUUUAUAGUCUAGAAGCAGUUAACAGGUUCUACUCAUUCUUUCUUCUCUGAAUGAAGAAACCAUCUGGAUUCAUCCCCGAGAAGAGGCCCUGAUUUCCCACUGUGUCUGGACAGUGGGGGUUUUGGACCCAGUACUGUUUGAGGACCCUCCAGCUCUGGCAGCCUGCCCACCUAAGUCAGUGGUUUUUCAA